GCUCUGCUUUCAGCCCCGCCCCAGGCAGUAUAAAUCCCAGCUGUGUCGGUGUGUGUGUGUGAUUUGAGCAGCAGCAGGAGCAGGAGCUCAGACGGAGCGCAAUGGUCUGCUGCAGAGACGCUGCAAAAUGCCGGAUGGACGAGUCGCCGUGCGGGCAUGGAGCACUCUCACUCUCAUAGCGGCGCUGUGCAGCCUCCCGCCCCCGUCCCACGCCUACUUCGGGCUGACGGGGAAUGAGCCCCUGUCCAUCCUACCUCUGAGCUUCCAGCCCGAGGACGGACCAGCGAGGGCGCACUUCAAACUCUGCGACCGCCUCAAACUGGAGAAGAAGCAGCGCAGGAUGUGCAGACGAGACCCGGGCGUGGCCGAGACGCUCAUGGAGGCCAUCAGCCUCAGUGCACUCGAGUGUCAGUACCAGUUCCGCUUCGAGAGGUGGAACUGCACCUUAGAGGGGCGCUACCGAGCAAACAUCUUAAAAAGAGGUUUUAAAGAGACGGCGUUCCUCUACGCGAUCUCCUCAGCAGGUUUGACCCAUGCUAUGGCUAAAGCGUGCAGUGCGGGACGGAUGGAACGCUGCACCUGUGACGAGGCUCCUGACCUGGAGAACCGAAAAGCCUGGCAGUGGGGGGGCUGCGGGGACAACCUCAAAUACAGCAACAAGUUUGUCAAGGACUUCCUGGGCAAGAGGUCCAACAAGGACCUGCGCGCCCGCGUCGACAUGCACAACAGCCAUGUUGGCAUGAAGGUCAUUAAGGCCGGCGUGGAUACGACCUGUAAGUGCCACGGUGUGUCAGGCUCCUGCACGGUGCAGACGUGUUGGCGUCAGCUGGCGCCAUUUCACAAAAUCGGCAUGGUGCUGAAGCAGCGCUACGAGACCGCACUCAAGGUAGCCAGCGCCACCAACCAGGCGAAAGGUGAGGGCGAGCUGCCCCACACGCCACCUCGCGCCAGAGCCGAGCCUUUCUCACGCACCUCUGACCUGCUGCACAUCGAGGACUCGCCCAACUUCUGCCAGGCCAGCAUGUACUCGGCAGGGACGUCAGCACGGAAGUGCCACAAGGACAAGAACUGCGACGCCAUCUGCUGUGGGCGUGGCCAUAACACACAGAGCCGCGUGUUGACCCGGCCCUGCCAAUGCCAGGUGCGCUGGUGCUGCUACGUCGAGUGCAAGCAGUGCACGCAAAAAGAGGAAGUGUAUACGUGCAAGGGUUAA